GCUGCCGCUGGCGAGCUGCGCCCCACGCUCUGCAAGGCUCCGGGGCACCGCUGCAGCUCCCCAGGCGGGAGGCGCUUGGUGAUAGGUCCUCCCCCUCCGGCCCCGUAGGUCCGGGAGCCGAGUCCUGCGGAGCGCAAAGCUGUCAGCUGCAGAGCCCCGAGGACGAGGGAGGGAACGAAACGGCUCCUCCUCCGGGUGUGCGGGUGUGCGAGCUGGAGGCUGCGGAGAAGCCCGGCGGCGGAGGACCCGAGCUCUUCGGCCAGUUUUGAAACAGUGGGGCAGAGAACAGAAUUUCCCUUCUAUUACAUGAGGCAUGGUGAUAAACAGUGUUUCUCAACAGUGCUGCUACCUCACAAAGCCUGAGGAUUUGAGGAGACGGAAGAGGCUGACGAGAGGCUGAUGGGCUCAGUUGGUAGGCUGCAUUAUCUCACCAUGACUGCCGAAAACCCGACGCCUGGAGACCUGGCUCUGGCUCCUCUUGUCACUUGCAAACUCUGCCUGUGUGAACAGUCUUUGGACAAGAUGACCACACUCCAGGAAUGCCAGUGCAUCUUUUGCACAGCUUGCCUGAAACAGUACAUGCAGCUGGCAAUCCGAGACGGAUGUGGGUCUCCCAUCACUUGCCCUGACAUGGUGUGCCUAAACCACGGGAUCCUGCAGGAAGCUGAGAUUGCCUGUUUGGUACCUGUGGAUCAAUUUCAGCUUUAUCAGCGGUUAAAAUUUGAACGAGAAGUUCACCUGGACCCCUACCGAACGUGGUGCCCCGUCGCAGACUGUCAGACUGUGUGCCCCGUUGUGUCAGGUGACCCAGGACAGCCUGUGCUGGUGGAGUGCCCUUCCUGCCACCUGAAGUUCUGCUCAUGUUGCAAGGAUGCUUGGCACGCCGAGGUCUCCUGUAGAGACAGUCAGCCUGUCGUCUUGCCAACAGAGCACGGGGCCCUCUUUGGGACAGAUGCAGACGCCCCCAUUAAGCAGUGCCCAUUUUGCCGGGUUUAUAUCGAACGCAACGAAGGCUGUGCUCAGAUGAUGUGCAAGAACUGCAAGCACACGUUUUGCUGGUACUGUCUGCAGAACCUGGAUAACGACAUUUUCCUCAGACAUUAUGACAAAGGGCCAUGUAGGAAUAAGCUUGGCCAUUCAAGAGCCUCAGUGAUAUGGAACCGAACACAGGUGGUUGGGAUUCUUGUGGGGUUAGGCAUCAUUGCCUUGGUGACUUCACCCUUGCUACUCCUGGCUUCCCCCUGUAUAAUCUGUUGUGUCUGCAAGUGCUGCCGGGGAAAGAAGAAAAAGCAUGACCCAUCCACAACCUAAAGAUCUCUGUUUGUGUCCGCGUGCCACAUAGCACAGUGAUAAAGCCCCACAUGGUGAACUCGCCUCCUUUUUCUUGCCAAAUUUUGGAAGUGCCUCUGUGUCCAGACUUUGAACUUGCCUGCCCACCUGUGGCGUCAGAAAAGGCCAAGCACUGGUGUGUGUGUUCCUGUGUAAAGAGAAUCGGGCUCUGCAGUCCAGGUUGUAUCUGUGGAGCAUGUCAGGAGCUUCGGGUUCUUGGGAAGGAACUAACACAGCAUCAUUUUAUCACCUGAAGGAUCCCAUGGGACUGUUCAACUUCCAGCCAAAUUCAAGGAGCCUGAAUGAACAAUUCAAUAUAAUAAAGGUGUUGUCAUGGUUGGCAACAUACAUGAUAA